AUAUAUAUGAGUGGCCUUUGUUCGAUACAUGUACUUCAUAUCCUUCACACCGGAAAAGACAGACACAGUACACCGUACACGGUACACAUGGAGUCCUCUUUACUUGCAAGUACAGCCACUGGCCGGAAAAGAGUAAUCGCAGAGUUAACUCGUGGCCGGAAAUUUGCGCAGCAGCUUCAAGCUUUGUUGCGUAAAUCGCCGGAAACUGAUGUUAUUGACGGCUGUGGAAUGACGUCUGCUCAGAUUCUGGUGAACAAAAUCUUGGAUUCUUAUAAUCGAAGUCUUCCAAACAUUAGCACCGGCGAGUCUGAUGUGGUUUCUGAAGUGCUAGGGGUUGAUUCUCUUUGUUUGGAUGGCCACCAGAAGUCUGAAGAUUCCGACGAGAGUUGUAAGACUUCUGUACGAAAGGAUCGGAGAGGAUGCUACAAAAGAAGGAGAACUUCCGAGACGUGCAUCAAAGAAACCUCUUCUUGGAUUGAUGAUGGCCAUGCAUGGAGGAAGUAUGGACAAAAAUCCAUACUCAAUUCCCCACAUCCAAGAAACUACUUUAGGUGCACGCACAAGUAUGACCAGGGAUGCCCAGCAACAAAACAUGUCCAAAAGAUUCAAGAAGAUCCGCCAAAAUUCAGGACAACAUACUAUGAUGAUCACACUUGCAAUAAUCCAUACAAAUCAUCUCAAGCUAUUAUCAUGGAUCCCACCGCAGGGGAUACUUCUUCCAAGAUCAUCUGGAGUUUCGAGUCCCAGAUUGAACCAGACUAUAAGCCUAAUGAUCCAGUGAAACAGAAGAACAAUGAACAAGUUCAAGAUUUGCCCAACAUCAUAUCAGGAUCAUCCGAUUACUUCAUCUCACCUUGUCAUCUCACGACAUUUGAUCAAACUUCUUGUCCCGUGACAGCAUUUUCAUCAGGAUCUGAUCAUGGGGAUGUGAUUUCUUCUGACGUGUAUUCCUGUACGGCUAGCACUCACAGUAUUGAUGUGGAUUGUAUGAUUGUAGGACUUGAUGAUUUUCUUGAAUAUGAUUGACGGCCUAGUUUUCAUCAUUCCCUCUAUGUAUGUAGACGUAAGAGUGUUAUUCCCUGUGUACUGGGAAUAAAUUUGCAGAAGUUGUAUCGGCCCUCACAUUGGGGGUGGGCCCUAUGUAAAUAUUUUAUUACAUAAAAUAAACCACUCAUCUUACUGUUGUGUGUAAUAUGUAACACUUCUGUAAAAUUUUCCCCUAUACAUGUGGACCGAUUCAAAGGUAAA